UUCUCUCAGUCACACGUACGAAUUUUACUCAACCUCUCGCAACUAUGUCUGGACGUGGAAAAGGUGGUGCCGGCAAAGCCAAGGGAAAGUCAAAGACCCGCUCGACUCGCGCUGGACUUCAAUUCCCAGUGGGCAGAAUUCAUCGUCUGCUCCGCAAAGGCAACUACGCCGAGCGAGUUGGUGCUGGAGCUCCAGUCUACUUGGCUGCCGUCAUGGAAUACUUGGCCGCUGAGGUCCUCGAGUUGGCAGGUAAUGCCGCUCGUGACAACAAGAAGACCAGGAUCAUCCCCAGACAUCUCCAGCUGGCCAUCCGCAAUGACGAAGAAUUGAACAAACUCUUGUCCGGAGUCACCAUCGCCCAGGGUGGUGUCCUGCCAAACAUCCAGGCCGUACUUCUGCCCAAAAAGACUGAGAAGAAAGCUUAAAUUUCUUUACCACACACUUGACAAACAACCGGCCCUUCUCAGGGCCAACAAAUUAUACAACACAGGAAUAUCUAUUCAUUGACCAUAAUAUUGAUAAAAAAAAUCCACUUACAAUUAAGGACGCGCAAUGCACGGGUAAA